AUGUUCUUUGCGGUUGAAGGUAGUAUUGUGCCAGUUCUGGUUGAGAGGGGAGUUAGUUUAUUGGAGACGGCUCAUAAGUAUGGGGUGCCUUUGAAAGGGGCUUGUGAAGGAUCUUUAGCCUGUACUACUUGUCAUGUAGUUAUGGAUAGAAGUAGUUAUGAAAGAACAAAAGGAUCUUUAACGGAAAGAGAAGAAGAUUUAUUGGAUAGUGCUAAAGGCUUAACUUUGACUUCUAGAUUGGGUUGUCAAGUAAAAGGAUCUAAACUGUUGGAAUUAGCUCAAGUGAAGAUUCCCCGGAUAAAUAAGAAUGUUGAGCUAGAAGUGCAAAAAAGGAAUGAAAGUUAG